UCAUACUUUACAGCGCGACAAGCAUACAACACUAACGCUAGUUGACAGCCGUGCUAACUGUUCGUCCCUUUUAAGGGACGAACAGUUAGCACGGCGCAUGCCCCGUAGAGACAGGCUCAUUUGCAUUCUGGGAAAUGUAGUAGAAUGCAACAAAAACAGUGUGUUACAAAACAACCAUGUAGCUAGGUUGCAACGUGUUUCUCGCAACGUGACUGCUGAAACGUCGGCCGCCUUUUCCUGCUGUUGGCUUUGAAAAUACUGUCGAGACUCAGACUGAGUACUUCAAGUUGUCUUCAUUGGAUGUUGCUCUGCGUUUGGAGGAGCACACCUGUCUUGUCCACAGUAAUCAGAGACCCGCGUCAGUACUCUCUCCCCCUGACCAAGUCACUCACCGAUCAAAUCAUCAUCAUCAUGUCGGGCAAAAAACGCAAGUCAACGUCUGCUGCUGCUAAAGGGCCCAGUGCUAAGCAGCGGAAGGUGGCUCCCGUGAAGGAGGAGAAGAACAAGAGAGCUGGAGGCUGGCUGGAGGACCUUUUGAAGCAGAACAGGACCGAGAACAAGGAGAUGAAAUUCAACCAAAAGCGCCUCCGCCUUUUAUCUGACACAAAACAGAUACAGCGGGACUCCGAGGGUGUCCUGUACUGGAUGUUAAGAGACCACCGAGUACAAGAUAAUUGGGCCCUGGUUCAUGCACAGCAGCUUGCUUUGAAGGAGAACCUUCCUCUACACGUCUGUGUCUGCCUAGUUGUCCCAAAAUCCGAACUGUCCACUCUGAGACAUUACAGCUUCAUGCUGAAAGGUCUGGAAGAAGUUGCAACGGAAUGCAAAGCCUUAAACAUCCAGUUCCACUUGCUGCAUGGAUCAGCGGGGGACAUUCUCCCUGGCUUCGUCUCUGACCGCGGCCUGGGGGCAGUGGUGACCGACUUCACCCCCCUCAGAGAGCCACUGCAGUGGUUGGAGGAUGUUAAAAAGACUCUUCCAAAGGACAUUCCCCUCAUACAGGUGGAUGCCCACAAUAUUGUCCCCUGCUGGGUCGCAUCACCUAAGCUUGAGUAUGCCGCCAGGACGAUCAGAGGGAAAAUCACAAAACUGUUGCCGGAGUUCCUCACAGAGUUUCCUCUGGUAGAGAGACACGCCCACACAGCCACAAGAACUGCCAAACCAGUAGACUGGGACAACACCCUGGCCUCCCUGCAGGUUGACCGAGCAGUAGGAGAGACGGAGUGGGCACAGCCAGGCACCAAAGCAGGGAUGGCCAUGUUGGAGUCCUUCAUUGAUGUACGCCUUAAACUGUUUGACACUAAACGCAACGACCCAAACACCGCUGCCCUCAGCCAGCUGUCCCCCUGGAUCCGCUUUGGCCACCUGUCAGCCCAGCGUGUGGCGACGCAAGUUCAGCACAGUGGGAAGUCUGCAGGUCAUUCGGUCGCCUCCUUCAUCGAGGAGUUGGUUGUGCGCAGAGAGCUGACGGACAACUUCUGCUUCUACAACAAGAAAUAUGACUCCGUAGAGGGUGCGUAUGAGUGGGCUCAGAAGACCUUGAAAGAUCAUGCCAAAGACAAAAGGGCGUAUCUCUACACGCGGGAGCAGCUGGAGAAAGCAACGACGCACGACAAACUCUGGAACGGUGCUCAGUACCAGAUGGUCACUGAGGGGAAGAUGCAUGGUUUCUUGAGGAUGUACUGGGCCAAAAAGAUUCUGGAGUGGACGACCUCCCCAGAGGAGGCCCUCUCAAUCGCUCUAUACCUAAACGAUCGCUAUGAGCUGGAUGGCCAGGACCCCAAUGGCUUUGUCGGUUGUAUGUGGUCUAUUUGUGGCAUCCAUGACCAGGGUUGGAAAGAGAGAGAGGUUUUCGGAAAGAUCCGCUUCAUGAAUUACAAAGGCUGCCUGCGGAAGUUUGACGUAGCCGGAUUUGAGAGAAAAUACUGUCCCAAAAACCUUUGAAGCAUAAAAUGUUUGAAAGGAUGCGAAUACACUGCUGAUGGCCUAAAUCUCCUACAUCUUUACAUCGGGGAGUGUUUGUGCAGCCUUUUUUUUGCAGGAUUUUUUGUUCUUCACUGCUUGUUUUGUCCAAAACAUGUUGCUUAAAGGUGCUAAAUCCCACAUUCAGAGCAUAUCUCUGAUUGAUGGCGCUCAACGGGGCAGCGGCUGAGCGGUCGGCUCUCUGUGGCGCAAAAAGAGCUACAUCUUUUCUUUGUUUUAUGCUACUUUUUAUAUUACUUGUUUGAACUUGAACUUUUCUUUUUUUUAUUGAAGUUGUUUUUUAAUACAAAAGAUGCCUUGUUUGAUGUUAGUGUCUCUUUCUUAAAAGCCAUCUGUUCAUACCAAACACAUUUCUGUUCCCUUGUAUUACGGUUUCUUAAUUAAUGUACAGUUCUCCAGCUGUAAUUCGUCUGUACAACCUGAAAUACAGCAUAUGUUUCCUUUGAUA